UAUCAAACCGCCAUGGAGACUUUCCUAAGAAAAUGGCGACAAGACGCCUUGAAUAGACACCAGUAUGAUACAGCCAUCUUCGUUGGAGACAAGCUGCUGGCAUUGACGAACUCCGACAUUGAUGCGUACGCACUCGCUCAAACACAUUUCGCGGCCGGCAACUACACGCGCGCAUUGGCAUUCGUCACUCGAUCCGAUCUCUUACAGCGCUCUCCAAGAUCGCGAUACUUGGCCGCGCACUGCUAUAUCAAGCAGAAUCGGCACGAGGAAGCACUGCAGAUUUUAGGCGAAAAGAACCCAGUACAUUUGGUCACCACCACAGAUGCAGCGCGGAGAAAACUGCAGCACUUAAGCAAUGGGCUCACCAGCAAACAGCAUGGGAAAUCAAAGUUGCCCAGUCGGACAGACAGGGCGGACAGAAGUGAGGAGCGAGACCGCGAAGAUGCAGCCAACAUCAAGCACGAGGCCGGUAUGUGCUAUCUGCGUGGCCUGUGCUACGCGAAGCAGAAUGCUUUUGAUCGGGCGAAAGAGUGCUAUAAAGACGCUGUGCGGAUAGACGUACAAUGCUUCGAAGCAUUCGACCAGCUCGUGAAGAACAGUCUCAUGAGCCCCAGCGAAGAAUGGGAGUUCUUGGACACACUCAACUUCGAAUCGAUACAGCCAGAGUCCGGAGACGCGGAAACUGCAGCUGAAGCAGCAGACUUUACAAAGAAUCUUUACUCGACUCGGCUUUCGAAGUACACUCAGCCGGAAGUUUUCGAGACCGCCAUCGAGACUUUGUCAUCACAUUACAGAUUGGCACAGAAUCCUGACAUACUCCUGGCAAAAGCCGAAAUCGCCUUCACAAGCUCUCGCUACCAGGAAGCAGUCAACUUGACCAACCAGAUCCUAGAGUCCGAUCCCUACAACUUUGCAUGCCUGCCGCUCCACUUGUCUCUGCUACAUCAGCUCAACCACAACCAUGCACUUUUCUCGCUGUCCCAUGACCUGGCCGAUACCCAUCCGGAUGAGCCUUGCACCUGGCUUGCUGUAGGAACCUACUAUCUGGCUACGAAUCGUAUCAAUGAAGCUCGCUCUUAUUUCUCCAAAGCCAGUCUGAUGGAUCCGCAUUUUGGAGCUGCUUGGAUAGGCUUCGCGCACACCUUUGCUGCAGAAGGUGAAAGUGACCAGGCGAUUGCAGCCUACAGCACAGCUGCGCGACUCUUCCAGGGCACGCACCUUCCCCAGAUGUUCCUGGGGAUGCAGGAGAUUGCGCUCGGCAAUUUGAACAUUGCGCGAGAAUACCUCGCUGCAGCUUUCAAGCUGUGUCAAACAGAUCCAACCUUGGUGAACGAGCUUGGCGUCGUCGCAUAUCUGGAGGAUGAUUACGAAAUAGCUGUGCGACAUUUUGUGAAUGCUCUCGAGUUGGCUGAUAAGACUGGUGCUCCUCCAAACCAAUACACAAGCACGCGCCUAAACCUAGCACAUGCUCUCCGAAAAGCCGAGAACUUCGAGGAGGCACUCCAGCAAUUUGAGGAAGUCAUUCGGUUGGGAUUGCGAGACGCCAGUGUUUUUGCAUCCAAAGGUCUUGUGUUGAUGGAGCUGGAUCAGUACUUUGAAGCGACUGUCGCCUUGCACGAAGCUCUGGCAAUCUCGCCUCAAGAUCCCAUUGCCUCAGAUCUACUCCCUAAAGCUCUCGGUCAGCUGGAGAACGAAGGAGCUGGGUAUCUCUACAUUGAUGAUUUUGGUGACGAGGUGUGGGCCUCAGUGCCAUGGCAGGGACUGAGCAUGGCCAUGCAAACAGCGCAGCCACAUCGCGAGGCCUUGCACAGCGUGAUGCGUGACCUUUCGAUUGAAGGACAGUCGAGAGACACGCCAAUAACAGAAGCCAACAAUGGAGCUCGAGGCGAGCGGUCGCAGCGAGAGAACGCAGGUCCAGAGGUGCAACCACCAGCACUUCCGCUCCGACGUAUUCCAAGUCGCAUGGGCAGAUGA